GCGACUUGCCCUCCACCGCGAUAUCCGUCCUUGUGACUGUCUAUCGCACGCCCCUAGUACUGACGCGAGGCCACCAGUAAGCCGCUGAGCAACCCAUCAGUCCGCGAUCAGCGGCGUUCAAUUGUCAGCUAGUACGGAUUCUCUCAGGAAUCCCGAAGCACUCAGCACCACUUAAAACUGUACGGAUUACGAGACGAAGAUGCCGUUCCAGCCUCAUGAUGUCACUGCGCAAUUCAGCUUUCCCAAGGAGGAGGAGAAGGUCAUUGAGUUUUGGCGCGAAAUAGACGCGUUCCAGACGAGUCUUAAGCUCUCUGAGGGCAAGCCAGAGUAUGUCUUCUUUGAUGGCCCACCCUUCGCUACGGGGCUUCCCCACUAUGGCCAUCUGCUGGCCGGAACCAUCAAAGAUAUCGUCACCCGCCAUGCUCAUGCGUCGGGAUUCCAUGUCACGCGUCGGUUCGGCUGGGAUACGCAUGGACUGCCGGUCGAGCAUGAGAUUGACAAAAAAUUAGGCAUCACCGGAAAAGAGGACGUCAUGAAGAUGGGUAUUGACAAGUAUAACGAGGAGUGCCGCGCCAUCGUCAUGCGAUACGCCACUGAAUGGCGGCAGACAGUCGAGCGAAUGGGUCGCUGGAUCGACUUCGACAAUGAUUACAAGACACUCAACACGUCCUUCAUGGAGAGCGUUUGGUGGGCGUUCUCAGAACUCUGGAGAAAGGGUAUGGUCUACCGUGGUUUGCGUGUAAUGCCUUAUUCGACGGGCUGCACAACGCCGGUUUCGAACAUGGAGGCCUCACUUGAUUAUCGCGAGGUCAACGAUCCAGCAGUUACCGUAUCAUUCCCUCUAGUCGACGAUCCAGCAACCGCGUUCCUUGCAUGGACGACAACGCCAUGGACACUGCCGUCCAACCUCGCUCUUUGCGUACACCCUGACCUUAUCUACAUCAAAAUCCAUGACGAAGAGCGGGACACGAAUUUCAUCAUUUGCGAGCAGCUCCUGACUACGCUGUACAAAGAUCCAAAGAAAGCCAAAUUCAAGAAGCUAGGGUCGUUCAAGGGCGCGGACAUGAAAGGAUGGAAAUACGUCCCAUUGUUCGAGUACUUCACAGAGCAGUUUGAAGAUCGCGCGUUCCGCGUAGUCGUUGACACUUAUGUGACGGCGACUGACGGCACAGGCAUAGUUCACCAAGCUCCGGCCUUUGGUGAAGAUGAUCAUCGCGUCGCGAUCGCCAACGGCGUUAUUUCUCCGGAAGAUCUGCCUCCCUGCCCCAUAGAUGAAUCGGGUAAAUUCACAAAACCUGUCACGGAUUUCGAGGGCGUGUAUAUUAAGACCGCGGAUAAAGAUAUCCAGAAGAUGCUCAAAGCAAAGGGCAGACUGAUUGUGCAAUCUACACUCAACCAUCAGUACCCCUUCUGCUGGAGAUCAAAAACUCCACUAAUCUAUCGCGCUGUCCCUUCGUGGUUUGUCCGAGUAUCUCCUAUAGUGGACCAACUGGUUGCCAACAAUGCAGAGACGCUGUGGGUACCGCAACACGUCGGAGAGGGUCGGUUCGGCAAUUGGAUAGCAAAUGCAAGGGACUGGAAUGUCUCAAGAAAUCGGUACUGGGGUACACCCCUGCCGGUAUGGGUCAGUGACGACUACGAGGAAACAGUUUGCGUUGGCUCGGUAGCAGAGCUGGAGCAGCUUACGGGAGCGAAAGGCAUCACAGACUUGCACCGUGACAAGAUUGACCAUCUCACUAUACCCUCGAAGACUGGCAAAGGAGUCCUUCGUAGGGUACCAGAAAUCUUUGACUGUUGGUUCGAGUCUGGAAGCAUGCCAUAUGCUCAGGCGCAUUAUCCCUUUGAGAACAAGCAGCACUUUGAGGCCAAUUUCCCUGGAGACUUCAUCUCCGAGGGCAUUGACCAGACACGAGGGUGGUUCUAUACCCUUCUCGUUCUUUCGACCCAUCUGUUUGGAAAAGCACCAUGGAAAAACCUUAUUGUCACAGGUCUCGUCCUAGCUGCAGAUGGAAAGAAGAUGAGUAAGAGUUUGAAGAACUACCCGGACCCAAGUUUGAUCCUGGAGCGGUAUGGAGCUGAUGCGACGAGAAUGUACCUCGUCAACUCGCCCAUUGUUCGGGGAGACAACCUUCGUUUCCGUGAGGAAGGCGUACGCGAAGUUGUGUCCCGAGUAUUACUCCCUUGGCUGAAUGCAUUCCGUUUCUUCCUUGGCCAAGUCACUCUCCUCAAGAAGGCGACUGGCGUUGACUUCAAAUACAACCCUCACGCGCCUCUAUCGAACAAUGUCAUGGACCGAUGGAUACUGGCACGUUGUCAGUCUCUCAUCAGUCUCGUCCGCGAAGAGAUGGCUGCAUACCGCCUAUAUACCAUCCUGCCUCGCCUCCUGGAUCUAGUCGACGAGCUGACGAACUGGUACAUCCGCUUCAACCGACGGAGAUUGAAGGGCGAGGAUGGCAAGGAAGAUACCGUGACUGCCUUGAACACCCUCCUCGAAACGCUCUUCACACUUUGUAGGACAAUGUCGUCAUACACACCUUUCAUUACCGAGAAUCUGUACCAGACUCUGCGCCAAUACAUCCCCAACGAUCCCUCGGUGCCAGACCCACGAUCGGUGCACUUCCUCGGUUUCCCUGAGAUCAAGGAAGAAUAUUUCGACAUUGUGAUCGAGCGGCAGGUCAAGCGCAUGCAGUCUGUCAUUGAACUGACUCGCAAUAUCCGUGAAAAGCACAACCUCUCGCUGAAGACGCCUCUGAAGGAGCUCCUCGUCUUCCACCCGAGCGAAGAGUACCUUGAUGACGUCAAGUCCCUCCAGCGCUACAUCCAGUCUGAGCUCAAUGUUCGCGAUAUCGUCUUCACUUCCGACGAAACGCUUUCCGGGGUCCGUUAUCGCGCAAUCGCCGAUUGGCCGGUGCUUGGUCGCAAGCUGCGCAAGGACCUUGGACGCGUCAAGAGUGGUCUGCCCAAAGUGACGAGCGACCAGGUCAAGGGCUACAUCGACACUGGCAACUUGACUGUCGAUGACAUCAAGCUUGUUGCGGGUGACCUCACGGUGCAGCGCUAUAUUGAGCUGCCCACGACCGGAGACGAGCUGUACGCGACACACACGGAUAACGAUGUCGUCGUCCGCCUCGACAUCAAGGUUCAUCCUGAGCUGAUGGGUGAGUGGCUCGCGCGAGAGCUCAUCAACCGCGUCCAGAAGCUGCGCAAGAAGGCGGGUCUGCAAGCCACCGAUGACGUCGACGUGUUCUAUAAGUUCGAAGAAGGCGCAGGGGCAGAUCUCAAACAGGCGAUCGAGGAGCAGAAGGGCAUCAUUGAGAAGACAGUGCGCAGCGUGCCGCGGGAUGUGAAGGAGAAGAAGGGAGGGAACGUCCUGAUCGAGGAGGAGCAGGAGGUGGCGGACGUCAAGUUCGACCUGUUGCUGGUUAAACAGUAAAGAUGCGACAUAGGAUAUGCAGAAGUGUUACAAUAGUUGCUGUACAAUUCAUAGAUGCAAAGGCAGGAAGGGUUGGUCGUGAUUCCACGUUUGACUGUGAGGGGGCGCUACUUCUUGCUCGAGCCAAAGCCAGCAAAGCCCAUCAUCUGGGCCAUUUCGUCACUCUCCUCGGUGUGGGAUUCGCGAACAAGCGCGAGUCGAGCUUCGUCCUUUUGGGCUUGUUUCUGCGCUUUCUUUUCCGCCCGCUUGGCUGCUUCUUGAUCCUUGACUUCUGCUAAUCGUUUCUCAAAGUCGAACGACUUGGCGUUCGACGCGUCUUUUGUCUUCUCGCGCAAGUACGCUAUCCGGGCGCGAACCUGCUCGAGUGUAGAGCGCUCCACGCGUGUCGUUUGACCAAGAUGCCUCAAAUGUGAUCGACUGUUAAUGUGGUCGAGGUAUGCAGCGCUGUCCCUGUAGUUCUUGUUACACGUCUCGCAGAAGAAACCCGGCUGUCCGGGUCCACGCCCGCCAGGAUUCUGCACAACCAUGGUCUUGCCAAGGUUCUUGUCCAGCUCGAGAGAACCCUCUCGACGCUUCAUAAGUUCGGUGGCCUUGGGGAGGUCCUCUGUCUUCCCUCCCUUGCGUGGUUUCUUGCCUUGUUUCAUACGUUCCUCAUUCUCCUGCAUGCGUUCGCGCUCCUCGUCGUCCUUCUUGCGAGCGCGCUCGGCAU